AUGGCAACCCCCAUUGCUGCUCAUGUGAUCGCCGUCGUCGGCGCGACAGGAAAUCAAGGAGCUGGCGUUAUCCAGGCGCUACUUGGCUCUAGGGCCCCAGACGGAGGUCUCUGGCAUGUCCGGGGCGUAACGCGCGAUCCCAACUCACCAAAAGCGAAGCAGUUUCUCUCCGACCACCAGACAAAUGACAGCCGCCUUUCUCUCGUCCAUGGCGACGCGUAUGACAAGGAUUCCUUCCAAGUUGCCUUUGCGGGUGCCUAUGGUGUGUUUGCCAUGACUUCUGAGACCCAUAGAGGAAGACUCCUAGAGAAGGAGGAAGAAAUGAAGCAUGAGAUUGAAGCCGGUCACAAUAUGGUCCUGGCUGCGGAAGACUGUGGUGUCAAGCAUUUUGUCUUUAGUAGUCUGCCGGAUAUGGUCAGCGCAACGGGAGGUCGAUUUGUGAAUAUGCACCACAUGAACAAUAAGUAUGAGGUUGAGAAAUUCGCGAGAGAAAGACUGAGCGGCGGGGUGACUUGCCUUAUUCCUGCGGACGGCGUCGUUGAGUUUCGUAUUCCCAUCCCCGGAAGCCAAGUUGCACAGUGGACAGAUCCAAUCCACGACAUGGGGACUUUCGCUGCGAGAGUAUUCGAGCUCGGCGUCCCAAAAACCCACGGAAAGACCUACUGCGUGCUAAGCUCUCGCACCACACCCGAUGAGAUGGUAAGGACAUUCACAAGAGUCACCGGCCAGCCUGCGAUCCACGACCCCAUAUCGGCGGAGGAGUUCGGCGAGAUGACGGCUCCGCGCGUUGGGCCGGCCUUUACGGAAGAUGCCAAGGAGAUGAUGGAAUGGGCUGCUGUGGCGCCCGCGGAUAGGAUCUGUUACGGGGCUUUCGCUGAGGAUCAAGAUCACUCGUUUGAGGAGCUUGGUCUGAAGGCUUCUACUUUUGAGGAGUGGCUUCGUCGCAGUGGAUGGAUGGGUUGA